CCCUCUGCGUGUCAAGUAACAAGUCCCCCACAUGCAGCCAAAUCAUCCCAAUCCUCACGAAGCUGAAGGCACACUAUUCAACCUCCGAUGAUGACAAUGUCUUUAUGGCUGCUAUAAAAGAGAAGGUCUGGGGAGAUCUCGAGAAAAGAUAUCAGGAUCAAGACAUUCAGAACUUCCUUCAGGAGGCCACUUUGAUGGAUCCUCGCUUUAAAGGAAGGCUGGAAGUUAGUGUUGCGGAAGCUUGGGAUAGGCUUGAGAAAGCAGUGAUUGACAAUGCUACGGCAGCUCAGCUUCCAAUAGAGGACCCUCAUCAGAGUGAGGCAGGUGAGGAGGAGGACCAAGGAGGCAUACAUCCAAGAGGAGCUCACAAGAUGUCAGCCUUGGAGCAGUUGUUUGAGGAUGAAGACAGAGAACUUCUCCAUACAAGUCAAACAACAAGCAGUGCCCUCUCCAUCACAGAGCAGGUCCAGAAAGAGAUGGAGAUGUCCAAAGGCCUGCCAGCUAUCCCAUCUGGACAAGACCCUGUGGCCUGGUGGGCGAGUAAGAGGGAUACCCUCCCUAAUUUGUUUGUCCUGUCAGAGGUGUGCCUGUGUGUGCAGGCCUCAUCAACCCCCUCUGAGAGGGUUCUCUCCUGUGCUGGGCAUGCUAUAAGCCAGGAGAGAUGUCGCAUAUUGCCAGAGAAGGCCAAUAUGGUAAUAUUCCUGCAGAAGAAUUGUUAAAAAAACUGAUGUAAAGUGUCCUCACCAGUCACAAAAGCCUCUUUAAAGGUGCAAUACUGUUGUGCAAUAUCUUGUUCUAUAUUUGUGUUUUAUAUUUUAUAUUUGUAUCUAUUUUAAUAGUAUUAAUCUCCAGUAGCCUAUUAUUAUAUUGUUUGAUACAAUAUUGUUUUAUCAAUGUGAAUUUUUAUUUUAUAUUGGUUUAUUUAUUAUUACCAUAUGGUACUUGUAUUUAUUUUGUUUAAAGAUUUAAGUUAAUAUUGUGUUCAAUUUGGCCCUGGAAAUAAAAGGGUAUUGUUUUUUGACAAAGUGUGUUUGG